CGAGAUUUCGAUCGAGAUUUCAGCGCGUUUGAUUGGCGGAGCGAAAGCGUGCUGGUCUCCGCCGAUUGGUUCCGGGGAAAUCCAUCGUAGACGUCCGCGGAGCGCUCGGUCUCAUUUUUACGCUUGUUUGCCGCCAGCUGCAAAUCUUGCUUCGCAAUCAUGGUGGACAUAAUGGAUAUGCCCAAGUCCCGCGUCAACGCCAGCAUGCUACCUCAGUUCAUCGACCGGCCGGUCUGCUUCGUAGGGAGGCUGGAAAAGGUUCAUCCCAGUGGAAAAAUGUUUAUCCUUUCAGAUGGAGAAGGAAAAAGUGGAACCAUUGAGUUGAUGGAACCUCUUGAUGAAGAAAUCUCUGGAGUCAUGGAAAUAGUUGGAAAAGUAACAGCCAAGGCAACCAUUAUGUGUGCAUCUUAUGUCCAGUUUAAAGAAGAUAACCAUCCUUUUGAAUUUUCUGAUCCCAAAGGAAAACGGGAGGACAUUUUGGCCUGUUCAUCUUGGACUUUACAAUGAAGCUGUGAAAAUUAUCCAUGAGUUCCCUCAGUUUUUUCCUUGGGGAGUUGUACAAAAUGAUUGAUCCUGAUUGUAGACCAACUGCAUUGAAGACUGUUAAGGCCCCUGAUAUUUGAGGGAGAGAUUCUGUUAUUUAAUUUGUUCUCUUUUACCUAACUUUAUUAGAUAUUCCAGUAUGCUAUUUUUGAUGGAAUUGGUAUGUUGACAGUUCUCACCUGCAUCCUCAUAAAGAAUCACUUCUCUGGCAUAUGGUCAGAACAGAUGCAAGAGCAAUAGUCUGAGUUUAGUUUUCUGUUUUAAUAAAAGUUUAAAUGGUACAUAUUA